AUGGCUGGGCUACUCUCUGUCAAGGCCAUCGCGCUCGCCGCCGUGCUUGCUGCCGCGUAUGUCUCUUGCGCCGCCGCUGAGCAGCCGGGGGCGGCGGACCUCGACGCCUCCGCCGUGUCUUACAGCUCCGCGUGGCUUCCGGCCAGAGCGACCUGGUACGGAGCGCCCAACGGCGCCGGGCCGGACGACAACGGCGGCGCGUGCGGCUUCAAGCACGUGAACCAGUACCCGUUCUCCUCCAUGACCUCCUGCGGUAACCAGCCCCUGUUCAAGGACGGCAAGGGCUGCGGCUCCUGCUACCAGAUACGGUGCACAGGCGACAAAUCCUGCUCCGGAAAGAUCGAGACGGUGAUGAUCACCGACAUGAACUACUACCCCGUGGCCCAGUACCACUUCGACCUGAGCGGCACGGCCUUCGGCGCGCUGGCCAAGUCGGGCCUCAACGAGAAGCUCCGCCACUCGGGCAUCAUCGACAUCCAGUUCCGGAGGGUGCCCUGCAACUUCCCCGGCCUCAAGAUCAACUUCCACGUGGUGGACGGCUCUAACGCGGUGUACCUGGCGGUGCUGAUCGAGUACGAGGACAUGGACGGCGACGUGAUCCAGGUGGACAUGAAGGAGGCCCAACACCGACUACCGCUCCUUCGUCCAGUUCAGCUGAUCCGACCGACCCAUGGGCAGCCACGUGCGCCUGCAUCAUGCAUGCAUGCGCUCUGGCCCCUCUGCUGCCUACGGAUUAAUCACUCGGCCGAUCGAAAUCAUUUGCCUUAUUUUAUUUUUGUAUUUUGCGUGGGAUCAAGGAGCUUGAGAUGCCGUCUGUCUGGUGUCAUAUGUGGGGUCGUCGUCUAG